CUGGGAUCUUCGCCUCUGUCAGGCUCCUGGGUAUCAUGCCUUGUUUUAAGCAGCCUAAGCAUUUCCAGAGUCUCAUACUUCUUCAUUGGCCCUUGAGCUACCUUGCCUUAUUUUGGAUCGUGCUGCCAUUGUUCAUUUACCUGCUGUUUACAUCCUUGUGGCUACUACCAGCCCUUUACUUUUCCUGGCUUUUCCUGGACUGGAAGACCCCAGAACAAGGUGGCAGGCGAUCCACCUGGGUAAGGAACUGGUAUGUCUGGACCCAGAUCAGGGACUAUUUCCCCAUCACGAUCCUGAAGACUAAAGACCUGUCACCUGAGCACAACUACCUCAUGGGGGUUCAUCCCCAUGGACUCUUGACCUUCGGCGCCUUCUGCAACUUCUGCACUGAGGCCACAGGCUUCUCGAAGAUCUUCCCAGGCAUUACUCCCCACUUGGCCACGCUAUCCUGGUUCUUCAAGAUCCCCUUGAUUAGGGACUACCUCAUGGCCAAAGGUGUGUGCUCCGUGAGUCAGCCAGCCAUCGACUACCUGCUGAGCCACGGCACUGGCAACCUUGUGGGCAUUGUAGUGGGAGGGGUGGGUGAGGCCCUGCAAAGUGUGCCCAACACCACCACCCUCAUCCUCCAGAAGCGCAAAGGGUUUGUGCGCACUGCCCUCCAGCAUGGGGCUCAUCUGGUCCCUACCUUUACUUUUGGAGAAACUGAGGUGUAUGAGCAGGUACUGUUCCAGAAGGACAGCUGGAUGUAUAAGUUUCAGAGCUGUUUCCGCCGUCUCUUUGGUUUCUAUUGCUGUGUCUUCUACGGACGAGGCUUCAGCAGAGGCUCUGCUGGGCUCCUGCCAUAUCCACUGCCUAUCACCACCGUGGUCGGGGAGCCUCUGCCAGUGCCCAAGAUUGAGAAGCCGAGCCAGGAGGUGGUGGACAAAUACCAUACACUCUAUAUGGAAGCCCUGCACAAACUGUUUGACCAGCACAAGACCCUGUUGGGCUGCUCAAAGACCCAAAAGCUGCUUUUCUUGUGACUGAAGAAGCUGAGUGCCUCGAAGAGGAGACUCAUUUGCUACUACCCAAAAGUGGGAAAAGGAAGAUGAAGAAGGGCUAUGUGUGGUCAGGGAGGGCAUCAGGAAUUCCUUCCUUGGCAGAGAGUCCUUGUAAUUGCUGUCCCUGAGUUGCUUCACUCAGUCAUUACUCAGAUGGAGACAUCCUGAGGCCCCUCAUGCCCAGACAUGCAUGCUCCCUGCUGGGCUCCCUACUGGCUUUCCUCUUUGAGCCCAACCUGUCAGGGCCUGGAGGGCUCAAGUGACUGCCAAGCAGCCUGAGUAGACACCACUCUAGUUGCUAUUGUUGUUGUUUUCAUGCAUUUUUAAAAUUGAUAUAUAUUUUGCAUACUAUAAAUUUAAUCUGGUUUAAAGUAUGAAAUUCAGCAUUUAAUAUAUUCACAGAGUUGUGCAACCACUACCACUAUCUGAUUUUAGAGCAUUUUUCAGGACUUUCCCCCCUCCAAAA